AGCUCUAACAGUUGGUGGCCUCGCUGUGCUGUUAUUUCUCUACCUUGUUCUCUUCCUUCCCUGAAUGCAUACAGCCAUUUAAAAUGAAUCUAAAGUAAUAUACAAUGUAAGCAAUAUUUGUUUGUUUUGCUCAAUACAGUGUGUGAACUUUUAGAAACAGGCUUCUGAGUGUGUUGAGAAAAAGCUAUUUUAGAAAUAUUUCUUUUUAGAUCAUUUAUGGAAUACACAAUGUAACUUUUACAUAGGUGUGUUUUCUGGCACCAAUUCAGCAGCCCACCCUAUUCAGAAAAGCACUUAAGCAUAUGUUGAACUUUAAGCAUGUGAGAGUAAAGUGCUUUGCUGAUGGAAUGGAUUUAAGUACCUGCUUACUUGCUUUGCUGAAUUAGGGCUUGUGAUGGUGGAGUAAGAAAAUCACAAUAUCAUAAUUUCAAGUAUUAAAAUGUCCCUCUCACUUUCCAAAGGGCAGUUUCCGGCACUGGAAAAGAUCUCUGAACAUACUUUGAGUGCUACAUUAAAGACCAAUAUUAAGAUGGGAGAACAAGGAUUAGGUCUUAUAGUAAUUCAGAAUGGACCAUAUCUCCAGAUGACAAGUCUUGUUGAGAAAGGCUCUGCAGCUAAGAAUGGAAGACUCAAACCAGGUGAUAUUUUGAUUAAAAUUGGACACGCUAACGUUUUAGGGUGGACACUGCGAGAGCUUUGGCAACUUUUGCACAAUAUUCCCAUAGGAACAGUUCUACAGAUCAGGGUUUACAGAGAUUUUGUUGAAGUACCUCAGCACUGGCAAAAUGCACUUGAAUUAAUUCCUGAAGUAAAGCCUCCUGUGAAGACAGACAUUUCAAGUAAAGACAGUGAGACAAAAGAUGACACGUGGACAAGCAGUGAUGAUUAUGAAGAUGGAGACUCUGAUGGAAGUUUUAGAUACAAAACUACACAAUCAUUUUGUUAUGAUUCUACCAAAGAAUUGCCAUCAAUUUCGAAAACUUGGCAUGCAUUUAAAAGAAAAAAACACACAUUUACUGUAGGUGCUGAUAUUGGAUGUGACAUUAUAAUUCAUAACGAUUCUGAUGCAUGGUAUAGUUCUGACUUUGCUACUGAUGGCAUUAGAUCUUCAUACUGGACUAUGGAAACACACGACAGCGAAUCAACAUCAUCUUCUUCCUCUAUAUCAGAUGCAUUUUGGCUUGAAGAGUUUGCCAGUAUUUUGGAAUAACUGAAUGGUCACAUCCAAUUUUAAACCUUCAGAAAUGGGAUUUUUCUGAAGCACUUUAUCAGCUGAAGGUUCACUUUCAAAAUAUUGAUUUUGAAAUUAGGUAAUUUGAAGAUUUAGCAUAGCAUGCCUUGACUGCCUAGGAUAUUUGGAAAUCUGGAUUCUAAGAUGAUAGCUGCUAUCCAAAGCCACUCUUCCAGAUCUUAAGAAAAAACCUGCUAAAAUCUCCAUCAAUCCUACCUGUGAAGGGAACAUUAAACAUGCUGCUUCGGUGAGUCCAGUGAUCAAGGUACAGCAGGCAAGUGCUAGAGCUGCAGUAUAUUGCUUUCAGCUUUUAAAGGUAAGUCUGAUAAUUUACUUAAGGUAAUAUGGUGCAAAUGGCAAUUUUACACCAACAACUAUUCUUGAAUGUGUUAAGGAUAUAUAACUGGGAUAUUAACUGUGGCAAUUACAAAUUUAAUCUGCAUCAAGAAUGUAGUUAGCCUAUUAUUAAUCUCUGGUAGUUUUUGUAAGGCACACACCUAAAGGCCAACUCAUUGUUUCACUAUAUU